AAAUUUGGAGCAUAAACACUCUCUGCUAUUAUUUGCUGUUUCCUGAUGAUAAUCUGCUUGUGAUGUACAUUCAUUUUUGACGUGAUACGAUAUUAUACAUUUCUAAUUGUAUUUUUGGAAGCCUUAAUAAAAAAUGAAUGCACCACCGACAUUCGAAUCAUUUCUUCUCUACGAAGGUGAAAAGAAGAUUAUAAAGGAGCAGGACACGAAGGUUCCCAAUGCAGCUAUAUUUACAGUUAAUAAAGAAGAUCAUACACUUGGUAAUAUGAUUCGGAAUCAACUGUUGAAGGAUCCCCAGGUUUUAUUCGCUGGUUAUAAAGUACCUCACCCUUUGGAACACAAAUUUGUAAUCAGAAUUCAGACGACUUCUGAUUAUACGCCACACGAAGCCUUCACUCAUGCUAUUACCGAUCUUAUUUCUGAACUUUCAUUAUUUGAGGAACGAUUUAAGGAAGCGAUUAAGGAAAAGAAGGAAGGAUUGGAUUAAGGAUCUUAAUGUACGUUUCAAUUAAAAUGAUGUAAAAUAAGCAAACCUAUCUGUAUAUAUGUUAGAUUUAUAUUUUAAGGAACCAUUAAUAAUUCGUGCGAUGGCAUUUUUGACGGUCGUC